GGACGGCUCUUCUCAAGGAGAAAAGAAUAUGUUUUAGAUGCUGUUCCUCAACCUCUCACCUCGCCAGAGAGUGUACGAUCGCCGUGAAGUGUCCGGAAUGUGGCAGCCCAGAUCACGUCGAGGCCAUGCAUCCCGACCUGUCACCACAAACCGAGAGCGCUCCUUCACCCCCACAACAGGACGGCGGGGAGGGAGAGGCUCACUCUAGGUCAAUAGCUGUCAGCACGAACUGUACAGAAGUUUGCGGUCAAGCUCAGUCAAGUCGUUCUUGUUCCAAGAUCUGCCUCACUAAGGUGUACCCUAAAGGAGCCAAAGACAAGGCCAUCAAAGCCUAUGUGAUUCUGGACGAUCAGAGCAAUCGUUCACUAGUCAGUCCAGAGUUCUUUAAAUUGUUCAACAUUGAGAGUGAGCGGUUCCCAUACUACCUCAAAACUUGCUCAGGCAACAUGAAAACCCAAGGAAGGAAGGCAGAAGGCAUCCAGAUCGAGUCCCUGGAUGGUAAAGUCGUCAUCUGUCUCCCUCCGCUCUUAGAGUGCAAUGAAAUCAUGAAUAACCGCGCUGGGAUCCCGACACCAAGUGCGGUGCUACACCAGCCGCAUCUCCACCACAUCGCCAAACACAUCCCAGAACUGGAUCCGAAAGCGGAAAUACUCCUGCUAUUAGGAAGAGAUGUUAUCCAGGUACACAAGGUUAGGCAGCAGAUCAAUGGACCACUCAACGCCCCCUUCGCGCAACGUCUGGAUCUGGGCUGGGUGGUGAUAGGAGAGGUGUGUCUCGGUGACGUACACAAACCGAUGGUUAACACACUCAAGACCAAUGUGCUAGAGAGUGGCCGCCAUUCAAUCUUUCAACCCUGCCCGAGUGUCCCGUGCAUCAAGGAAGCACAACAAGGCGUUAACAAGCGCGAGGCAAGCGACGAGUCGCUGGGCCAGUCAGUCUUCGCUCUAACGAAGUAUGACAACAAACUUGCACAAUCAGCUCAAGAUACCAUUUCUUUAAAAACCAAAGACACCAAGGUCUUCAGAGAUGAAGCAAAUAAUGGGGUUGCCCCAUUGCCUUUCAGAGAACCACGCCAGCGCUCACCAGAUAACAAAGAGCAGGCAGUCAAACGGUUCACGUCCUUACGGAAAACCCGGAAAAGGAAACCUGAGAUGCAGCAACGCACCCGAUUGGCCCACGAGGUACUGUGCACCCUAAUGGCAGAGGUCACAGCCAUUAUAAACGCACAAUCAUUCCUACCUGUGUCUUCUGACCCAGAAAACCCCUUUAUACUUUCGCCAUCAACGCUCCUUACGCAGAAGGCAGGAGCACCUCCUCCACCAGGAGACUUCUCAGACAAGGAUUUGUACACAAAGCAAUGGAGACAAGUCCAGGCUCUGGCAAAUCAGUUUUGGUCCCGCUGGAGACAGAAAUAUCUACACUCGUUGCAACAGAGACAAAAGUGGACAGGACCCCACAGGAAUCUGGCCAACGGCCAGAAUCACUGCUACAUUCCCUAGCGGGGAUGGACAUGUCAGGAAGAUCGAAUUGAAGACUACCGACCAAGGCGAUGUGAAAAUUUACCAAGGGCCAGUUACAGAAGUUAUUCUACUUCUACCCAAUGACUGAUUAAGAGACUAAGUUUUGUACUCUGCUCAUUGUGACCUUACGAAGGUCAAGCGGGGAGUGUGCUGUCUUUACGACAGUUAUUUAGUUUAUAAUAUUUUCGCUUAGUAAUUCAUUCAAUAGUAUUUUCUAGUUAGAAUUAGAAGUGUUUAAAGUGUAUUCAUUGCAUGUAAAAUAUAUCGGCAUGCGAUGACGUCACAUCCGGUUUCGCCGCGUCUUGUGGGAAAACACCGGUUUGAAAUUAGCGCGAGGGUGGGGGCUUUCCACGAGGCUCACCUGAGCAGAAGCAGUUUUGCAGGCAUGAGAAAUCACAGUGAGAGCAACGCUUUUUCACCAUAUGUUAAUGUGAAGAGUGAACAGUAAAUGGUUAAUCUUACUGCGAUCUGGUUUGCAUUGGCUGUGGUUUAUCCGGACGUUAAAUUCGGCGUUUCGUUACACCCGAAGGAGAACGUUACACCACCUAUUUAACACUAACCUGAUCACAGGUCAAUUACAAUAAUCAAUUAACCUACUAACAGUCUUUGGACUGUGGAAGGAAACCAUCGCGCUCAGAGGAAACAUAUCCAGUACUGGGUGUCAUGUGGAUAAGGUAACCAGAAGGAGGAGAGGAACUUCCUUCACAAGGGGCUCCAAUCCACAGUUGCAUCACUGAAACAUGGCUGUCCCUGGAGUGGAGUUAUGACUUGUAGGAUAACGCCGGCUAAUUUUUACAAAACAAACAUUGUGCAAAAUUGCAUUAUCCGUGGAUGAGUUGACAUGCUCCAGGAAGUCUAAUGUCAUGAAGUGUUUGGAUUGAAUUUCUGGAGUACAAUAGAAUGCCUGGAAAUGGUCAUUAUCUCUUUUCAUUUAUCUUAUAAUUCGCAUUACACAAUGAAACUCCAGACUUCCUAUUUAAUCCAAAACAAUCAGCUUUGUCAUCUAUUGAAUAAACAUUUUCCUUAAAUGAUACUUAAUUACCCCUUUUAAAAUCUGGCAAUGCAAUUCCCAAAGAAAAAUCAGAACAUUAAUUCUUUUACUCAUUGAAAAUGAUUUUUGUUUUGCACCUUAACCUCUCCCAAGUAAAAGAAAACAGUUAUUUUCCAGAUACUUAUCCCAACGUCUAUUUGUUAUAGUUCAAUAACCUUUUAUUUGUCCAAGAUCAAAAUUUCUGAUUUACAACAUAUGGUAAGUUUAUUGCCAAAUGUUUAAAAAUGCUUUUCUGCAAUUAACACCUAAAGUGAUUUUAAAUGUGUUGUCAGAAAAGCAUGUUCAAUUUCUUGUACAUAUUGCAUAUAUUACUUCAGCUAAAUUGCAAAGAACUUUGAUGUGAUAGAUAAUUUCAAACAAAUUUGUUCAUUUUUCAAGUUUGUAGAUUGAAGAUUCAAGAUUGUUUUUAGCACAAGAGAUUCUGCAAAUACUAGAAAUCCAGAGCUACACACACAAAAUGCUGGAGGAACUCAGUAAGUCAGGCAGCAUUUAUGGAAAUGAAUGAGCAGUUGACAUUUCAGGCCAAAACCCUCUAUCAAGACUGGAAAGGAAGGGGCAAGAUGCCAGAAUAAGAGGUUGGCGGGAGGGGAAGGAAGACAAACUAGAAGGUGAUAGGUGAAGCCAGGUGGAUGGGGGAGGGGGAAUGAAGUAAGAAGCUGGGAGGUGAUGGGCGGAAAAGGCAAAGUGCUGGGAAGAAGGAAUUGGAUAGGAGAGGACAGUGAAAAGGAAGGAGGAGGGGCACCAGAAGGAGGAGAUAGACAGGUGAGGAGAAGAGGUAAGUGUCCAGAGUGGAAAAUCGAAGAAACUGGAAGAAGGAGGAGAAAUAAAAUUACUGGAAGGAGUAAUCGAUGUUCAUGCCACCAAGUUGGAAGCUAUCUAGACAGCGUAUGAAGUGUUGCUCUUCCACCCCGAGAAUGGCCUUACUGUUGCAGGACAAGGAGCUAUGGACCAACAUGUCGGAAUGGGAAUAGGGAUAGGAAUUAAAAUGACUGGUCACCAGGAAAUUCCACUUUUUGUGGAUGGAGCAGAGGUGCUCAACUCAAGAUUGAUUAAUGCCAUUUCCAGUACAUAUGUGUAAAGGAGAACAAAAUAAUUGUUACUCUGGAUGCAAUACAGCACAAAAUAAAACACAAUAAGAUAAAUAACAUAAUGAUAAAAAGCACCAUAAAUUAAAAUACACAAAAUAACUUACAUACGUAAAUUGACUGUGUGUCCAUAAAGUGAUGCUGGGCACAGGAGUGUCUGUAUGCAGGAACAGGAAUUGAGAAAGUAGUAUCGGUUGGAGGUGUGGGUUAAUGACUGAAGGUGGUGACCAGCCUCGCUGCUUAGGGAAAAUAAACGUGUUUGAGUCUGGCGGUCCUGGUGUGGAUGCUACAUAGUUUCCUCCCUGACUGGAGUGGGAAAAAAACAUACCAGGAGUAGGAUGGGUGGGAUCCCUUAUGAUAUUGCUGACCUCUUUUUAGCACCUUUCUGUAUAUACUGUAUGCACUUGAUGGCGUGAAGGCUGAUACUGGUGAUGCAUUGGGCUGUUUUGACUACCCAUUGUAGAACCUUCCUGUCCUCCCCACGGGGUCCUAACCAGGAAUAGUUGCAAUAAUCUGAUUUUAUUUUUGAUGAUACUGACUUUAAAAAGGAAGAGCUAACUGAAUAUAUUGUUAAAACAUUCAAGGCAUUCAUCAAUAAAGGCACAAUCAACACAAUGGAGAGAACAUUUCAGUUAUUGAGCCGUGCUCUAAGCAAGAAAACAUUUGCAGUUAGAAUGUGCUUUUCAAAUCUUCAAAGUGUCCCUAAGCCACGUAUCGACAGUACACUUGAGGGCAGACAUAGUGCUAACUCUUCACCAAUUUGCAUGUGGCAAAAACUUUUUAAAAUAUUUUAACAAAAGAGUUAAAUAAAUUAUUAAAAUAAAAUAUUCCUGAUGGGCUGAAUUUCACCCUUUCACACAACAGGUACAGAACAGAUUAUCAGUCCAGUAGACACAAAUUGACUGUAUCACCCGGCAUUUCUCUCUCCCAUUCCCCCACCUUUUAAAUCUACUCCUCAGCUUUUUCUCUCCAGUCCUGCUGAAGGAUUUUGGUCCAAAAUGUCAACUGUACUUUUUCCCAUAGAUGCUGCCGGGCCUGCUGAGUUCCUCUCGCACUUUGUGUUUGAUGCAGAUUUUCUCUUAUUUGUUAUUAGUCCAAUUUCCAAUACUUAGCUCUACACCUUGUCGAGAUCUGCCAGAGCUGGUCAUAUUAAAUUUGCUGAGAAGGGAGCAUCUUAGUCGAUAUUCUGGAAUUGAUCUACAGUCAAGUUCAAGGUAUGCUACUCCAGAAAAAAAGAAGCAACACGGGGUCCCUCUGUUUAACUGCUUCUAGAGCUACUCCACUGAAACUGGAAUGGUAUCAUGGGCCGGACUACAACCAGAAAGCAGCUAAAUUUGGAGUAGCUGGCUUGAUUUAGGAAUAAGUGAUUGCAAACCAACUAUUAGAACAGUAGAAUCAGUACAGCCCAAAAUGAUACCAUUUGGUUCAGAAGACUUGUGUUGCUUUUUUGUAGUAAUGUAUGCCCUACCCCGACACUACCACCCACCCCCUUCCCUACACCCCAGCUCUUUAUCUCUAUUCUUGCAAACACUUUUUUCUCCUCUUCAUCCCAGGUGACAAACACACAACAUAUCGACACCAAUACACAUGAACAAACUCCAACAAUAUUAUUAAAUUCAAAAGUCCAACAUACCUGUAUGUACUUAUAUUUGUUCUAAUGAAAGGCAAGUUUUCUUACUUUCUCAGAGUUUAGUAAUUGUUCUUUCAAUCUAACAUGAUUUUGAUAUCAUUUAUUACAAUACUGUGGAAGUAUGGUUAACAUAUUGAGUGAUUGCGUGUAUUUUCCAGCUCUCGGACAAAAUUAACAAACUGAUGUCUGUAAAAUUAGAACCCAUUCUUUACCAGGAGAUGGUCUGUAUCCAGUUCCAGAUUGAAUUUGCUUUCAAUAGACUUUCAGAAAGUUAAUGUUCAGCCAUAAUUAUUUCUUAUGGAGUUGGUACAGGUCAAGACUGUUUUUAAUAACAGUAUGUUUUUUGGGAGUUGUUAUGCUUUCUUUUAUUGAUAACUAACCAAAUUGUAGAUGAACUGAAAAUACUGUUUAAUCUAAUUAUGUGUUUUCUGAUAAUGUAUUAAUGAUUUUU